GCGGGUGUCAGUCUCUCUCUCUCUCUCUCUCUCUCUCUCUCCCUCUCCUGCUCUCUCUCUCUCUCCGGCCGGUCAAGUCUCUCAUUCCAUAGUGUCUGAGUGUUAAUGCGCCAUGGCGGGUCACAGGAGACCACGUGAAGUAGCCUCCUGCUCCAAGUCCGGAGAGCCUCUGCUCGGGCCGGUUUAAUGCACGCCCGGAGCAGUUCAGCAGGAGCACUUCCUCCUGAGACUUAACGGAAAGUUCUUCUCUUCUUCUUUUGGAGUGUCAGCGUCGGUUCUAGUCGGUUGUUUCGGUUUGCAGACAUGGCUCUGUCCCAGCUCCAGUGCCUCGACGACAACCACGUGAACCCGCGGACGCACGAGUCCAAGCCGGAGUUCCUCUACUGCGAGGAGCAGCGGCUCGCGCUCGAGGCGCUGCUGCGCGGCGGUCGCGACGCGUUCGCCAAGUGCCUGCGGGAGCGCGGCCUGCGGGGCUUCCUGUCGGAGCCGGAGCAGGACGCGCUCGCCCGCGCGGCGGAGCCCUACGACCCGGGCUCGGAGCUCUUCCAGGAGGACGCGGCGGACGACGAGCCCCCGCUGUCGCUGCACUACUGGCCCGAGCUGUCGGACACGUCCGUGCCCCAGAUGGACCUGGGCUGGCCCGACUGCGAGUCGUACCGCGGGGUGACGCGCACCACGGUUUACGCGCAGCCGCCGCUGGACGGCCAGGCGCACAUCAAGGAGAUUGUCAGGAAAAUGAUUGCGCAGGCGCAAAAGGUGAUUGCAGUGGUGAUGGACGCCUUCACUGAUGUGGACAUCUUCCAAGAUCUGCUAGACGCCAGUUUCAAGCGGAGGGUGUCUGUCUACAUCCUGUUGGAACGCACAGGGCUACCUCAUUUCCUGUCCAUGUGUCAGAGGGCCAACAUGCACCCUGGACACUUCAAGCACCUUCGUGUUCGCUGCACAGAAGGAGCAGAGUUCUGCACUCGGUCGAGCACCAGGGUCAGAGGUCAACUGGGUCACAGAUUCAUGUUCGUCGAUGGAGAUAAAGCUGUGUCUGGGUCAUACAGUUUCACCUGGAUGUCCUCGCGACUGGACAGGAACCUCAUCACCGUGGUUACGGGCCAGGCAGUGGAAGCCUUCGACCGACUGUUUCGCUUCCUUUACAUGACCUCGAGCUCUGUUGACCUCCGGCAGGUCACCCUGGAGCCUGAACCUGAGCCGGAGCCCCUCCCGCCGCCGCCCAUCGUCGUACCUCCUUCUGCUGCUGAUGUCAGGAAACUGUACAACCCCAAAUAUGCUCUGGUUGCUGCAGGCAACCAGAGCCUGAUCCCCUCUGCUGGCCAAGGCAGCCCCAAAGAGCCCCAACCCUCAGAGAACUCCAAGAACCAAGAAACCAAGAAAAGGAGGAGUAAAGACACUAUACAGGAGGCUCCUCCCCUCCACCCUGGACUUAUUCAUUUAGAGAAGGUAUACUUGAUCUCAUACCUGCCCACCUGGCCAGAACCUGACCCCUCCAGUGACGUGAUUGGGUUCAUUAACAUUCGGGACGCCAAAAAACCGACUCAGUUCAAUAUGCAGCGAUCUGAGAUGUUCGAAACGAGCCAAGCAAUCAGGUUUAGCAGUCCAUUCAGCGUGGCCAAGGCAGUCCUGCCAGAUGUUGCCCAGCGCAGACAGAUCACUCCAAAAAACGAGGAGAAGAAUAAACCCCAGCCAUCACAAAAUAAUGCAAAAGCUGAAGAGUCUGUGGUGGACGGUGUUCAGGCAACACCACUCAGUGCAGAGCCUGGUGACAUCAAAACUAAAGGAGAAGCCCCUGAAGAGAAAUCAUCCACCUCUGGGCAAAAGUCUGAACCUGGCAGAGACACAAUUAAGGCUCUUAACACGGAGAAUAAACUGCAUUCAAACACACCCACCAACCAAGAUGCAGGUCACGGCACCUCACCUCACCACAGUGCACGCACGCCUCCCCAGUCCAGCAAUGGCACAUCCACUCCCAACACUGACACAGCACAAAGUUUUACCACAAGCAGCCCUGAAGCGCAGUCCCUCCCAGAGUCGAGCGCUAAAAAAAAAGCCCAAACUAGUUUAAACACACAAAGUGCUGCUGUGUACAAGACACACACCCCGGAGUUGAGUGGCCCCGCACACUCAAACUCUGAACAACGCACACAAACAAAGACAGGGGUGUCACAGACAGAUUCACAUACACAAGCUGUUCUCGCGCAGCCACACAACUCCUCUGAAAUGACACCUAAUACCCAGACUCCCACUGCACACCCCCCCUCUGCCUCCCCUGUGCACCCUCAGCCUGUCAGUUCCACCUCCCUAUCGGGGGAAAAAAACACGCCCUGUCCUGCGGUGGAUUCAAGGACAGCUACCAGUGUCUGUGCUCCUGUGCCCACCAGCAGCUGCUCCUCUUCCGUUCCCCCUCUCAUCUCUUCUUCUACAACUGUACAGCCUCCCCUCCCUCAGCCCUCUGCAUCCUCUUGUCUGACCUUGGUCGCUCCUGUACCUAAACCUCGCACAGUCCAUCUGGUGAUCAAGGAAGGCCGCGCCAGUCACGGUCCGAAGCUGCCGGAGAUCAGUGUUGUCAGGAGACCCGAGAGCCUGGCCGGCACGGGGCGAACAGUGGCCCACAGUAAACCUGAUGCAGCGAAUGUGGUGCAGUCACCGCCGGAAAAUGGGCCAGAGACUGUCUCACAACUGCAGGACAACGGUGGAAGCAAAACAGGAACUCAAAAUGAAACUGAGAUCUCGGUAGAAGGCCCAAAGCCAGAGCAGAAUGUGACUUCCCCAGAGAGAAAGGGCGAGGAAACGAUCGGACUGCGCGGCGACAGAGCAGCAACACAAUCGGCCGCUGGAAUCAAAGCGCAAGCCCAAUCGGAUGUUUUGACUACUGAUGCACCAAAGGCAAAUACUGUGAAUAUUUUAGAAAUAAUUCCAAAGGAUGUUGAGCCGAAGAGCUUGACGUCAUCCGACUGCAAAAUGCUCCCAAAGACAGAGACUGACUGUGUAGCCACAGCACAGACGGACACCAAGGCCCCAGAAAAAACCCUUAUACACUGUAAGUUUGCAAACGUGCCAAAGGAUACGAGUGAAAAUGUGAUACAAUGCAAAACAUACCUUGCAAGAGCACGUCAACCUCAGAGAAUAUCGUGUUGUGAACUGAACCCGGCUGGUUUCGAUGUGCUGGAGACUAUGGACUCUCUGAAAGCUUCAACAACACACACUCCUGUUUCUGCCACAACUACCAGCACACCCACAGACAGCGGUGGUAAUCCAAUUGUCACAUCAGCGCACCACACAGACAGUAAGCCCAAUGUGGCAAAACAUAACGCACACACCACUAUUACUGCUCAAGAAUCCCAACAGACCCCUAAGGACGGGGGAAGCUCACGCACUCCUCAACGACCGCAGUACUUGAAUCUCUCCAAGACACACACGCCCGACUCUCAUUCGCCGACCGCUGAGCGAGAAUCGCAGCAACUCCCUUCUCUGGUGCGCACUACAACUCCAGACGGAUUUCUACCACGCACACCCACCCCAGACUUUCGAACACCUACGCCAGACGGCUACGUCUCAUCGAGGGAGGACUCCGGGCUCUCCCCCACCUCGGACGAGUAUUAUGAAUGUUGCGACUCUCCUCUCCGCGACGCCGUGUUCGACCGAGCAGGUUUUCACAACUACGGGACAACAGGGGAUCCCGAGAGUCCACUUUACAUAAACAAUAUAACUUGUAUGUUUGGUGAAAUGGACGGGAAUGAAACGCAGAGUCUGUCCACUACCGUCUCCACUUCUUCCUCUUUACUUGAGAAAAUAAAAGUUGGGGAGGGGAAGGAAUUAACAAUUGAGGAAAAUGAAAGAGAAAAGGAUGUAAAGCGCACAGAAGUCAGUGUGGCAGGGAGGAGGACAGAAGAAGAUUACCAGAGGCCAAAGAGGAGCGAUGAGGCCAAGACAAAGGCAGAGCAUCAUCAAGAAUCAACAGCAGUGGUAGAAACAGACAAGAAAGCCCAACCCCAGGCGGCUGAAAGAAAACGAUUGCCAAACCAAUCAGCAGCACAGAGACUGGUUGAUGGAGGAGGGACUCCAGGAGAAUCAGAAAUGAACGAAUUAAAGGGACUGUCCGCUGGCGACCUUGAGGCAGAGCAGGUUUCCUCUGACGGAGUCAAAGAGAAGGUGGUGGACGAGGCGGCACUAAGACCCAGCGGCGUGGAGAGCAGAGACAGGCCCCAGUCACCCAGAGAGACUGAGGGGCCGGAGCCUCCAAGACGACAACAGCAGGACGGUGGGGCGUCCUCCCCUUCUCCUCGAAGACCGCCCAGGCCGCCCCCUCCACUGGCAGUGGUUGCUGUCGGGUCUGCAGCAGGGCGGGAGCAGGUUGUGGUCUCCCACAGCCGGCAAAGCCUCCUCUCUCGACAGCCUCCGGUGGCCGAGAGCAGGGCGAGAUUCGGACAGUCGCAGAAUCGACAUUCUUACACUAAAGCCCCGGCCUCGGUUUUCCACACACACUUGAACAUACAGUCGCAGCCCCGUCCUCAUCCUCGGGAAGCGCACAGGCAGGGAGAAGGAGGGGCUCCGUUCGCCCUCACCUUUAGCCGGCUGUACAACCUGAAAGGCCUGAAGGACAAAAUGAGCAAAGGAGGCAGCACAUACUCACAAGUACAAGGACGCAAGAGCACAAACUAGUGUGGUCACCUUCUGGGUGGGGUCAUUUUUAUGUCACUGUAACAUAUCAAGCCUGAAAAAAGAAUGGGUCAAAUAAGAAGUGAAAAAAACUGUCUUCCCUCACCUUGACGGGACCUUCAUGACUUGACCCAGUACCUACACUAUGAAAGAAAUGCCAAAAGUUUACACAACAUUAGUCCUGUUAAGACUUGGCUUAACAGGAGGCAGCACAUUACCAGGAAAUGCACUUUUUGGUCCCCCCUCUCUCCUUGUCCUGUGCCUCAGUCAGAUUGGCCAUCGGCCAUUCAUUCUGUGCACCUCUACAUUCUGUGCACCCGUACGCAUGAGAGCGUCCCCGCGUGCAUGUUUCUGCAACUAGGCUCACUAUCGCCUCUUGAUGCACAAAGUGGUAUUGUGAUACAGGAUGGGUCAUGGCUAGCUGAUUAGCAUGCUAAAUUCUCUAAAUAUCUCUGCAACGCUAAAGACAAAAAUGUCAUUGAAAUUCUCAUUCUGUCAAUAAUCUUAGUUUAUUUUUGAAUGUUUCAAACUAAAAUACUUGCAUAUUGCCCCUUAAAUCUGUUUUCCACUUGGCGGUUUUCAGUAUGAAUCCACUCCUGUGCAUGUUCAGUACAGGACCAAGUAAGGCAUGAUUGACUGUUUCUAUUUCUCUUGAUUUUGCCAUUUUUACAAAUCCAUAUCCAUGUGCCUUUAUCUGAAACUUUUGAAAUUCUUUCUCCACUUCACACUCCAUAUGCAGACAAAUAAGUAAAUGUUCAAAAGGCCAAAAUAUCAUUCAGGCAAACACAAACAGGAAUAUUUAUAUGGGUUGAAUGGAAGCAUUUGUCCCAAGCAUGAAAAACCUCUUGCAUGUGUAUAGAAAAAGAGCGUUUACAUUGUUAAAUUGAGUGCUAAAACUGUUAAUGAAAAAAUGUCUCAUCUGAUUCUUCUCAUGCCUCAGACCUUUAUUUUGGCCAUUUUAUAUUCUUCCAUUUUGUGCAGUACAUUUGAGGACCAAAGGAGUCAGGUUAUUGAUUUAUUCUUUGUUUGCACAAAUCCCAUUUGCAUUCAAAAUGCUUUUUGGCCGGUAGACAAAGUCACAGUGACUGUGCCCAAAACAAAACACCAGUUAUUGUUUUCAGGGCCAAGCACAGUAAACACCACACAGGGCUGACUCGGUGCUCCGCAGGUACAGGUGUCCUGCAGAUCAUGGCCACGGUGAACAAGAUGGUGGGCCUUGAGUUUCUUAAGAGGAGAAGUGGAAGGUUGUCUGGUCAAAUAAACAAAAAUGCAUGUGUUUUGUUUUUGAGAAAAACAACUGACUUGCUCAGUGAAUGAUGAGACAAGCUUCAGUUUGUCGUGUGGUUAUGGGAGACAAUUUUUGUAAAACAGUGAGUGCUUGCAGCUGUGUGUGCAACAUGUUCUAGGGUUGUUUGUUUCUCUCUCUCUCUCUCCUUUUUUUUAACUUGCACAUUCUUUUUAGUGCAUAGUGUAAAGAAUUAAAUCAUUUUUAUAUAAAA